GCGGCCCGAGGAGGAGGAGAGGGAGACACAGCACAACAACCGCGUCCAUCCAGUGUGUCCACUCCUCGCGUGGGAAAGAAGCGGUAGUGUGCGCGCGCGAGACAGAGAUGGCAACUCCGGCGACGGAGGCGGCGGCGGCGGCGGCGACACCGGCGGCACCGGCUGAGGGGUCGGUGAUCGCGAUCCACAGCCUGGACGAGUGGAGCAUCCAGAUCGAGGAGGCCAACAGCGCCAAGAAGCUGGUGGUAAUCGACUUCACCGCAUCUUGGUGUGGACCGUGCCGCAUCAUGGCUCCAAUUUUCACUGAUAUGGCCAAGAAGAAUCCAAAUGUUGUUUUCCUGAAGGUUGAUGUUGAUGAACUGAAGGCCAUUGCUGAGCAAUUCAGUGUUGAGGCCAUGCCGACCUUCCUAUUCAUGAAGGAAGGUGACGUCAAGGACAGGGUCAUCGGCGCAAUGAAGGAAGAACUGGCCCAGAAGCUUCAGCUCCACCAGGCCCUGUAGACCAGUAAUGCUAUAAUGAAGUAGUAUUCGCCUAAAUAAGAAGCAUCAACUCAGAGAGAACUAGUGCCUCUAUGGUACUUCGUAUGUAGUAUUAACUAUCGUACUCUGCUGCCCAGUUUCUGAUAAUGAUAAGAUCAGGCCCUGCUUGUUCCAAGAUUGUGCUUUGCA